AUGACCAUUGGCUCUGGGCAGGCCGCGCUGGAUGAGGCUGUCCAAAUCACUGAUGACCUCAUUGACACAGUCAUGGAGGAGUACAGUCAGUGGCUGGAGAGCGCCGAUGCACAAGCGCCCGAGGGGGGAGGUGGGGAGCCGCAUGAGAACAAAGAAGGCUGUUUUCACUGUGGGCAGCAUGGGCACUUCGCGCGCGAGUGCCCUGAGAAGGGGAAAGGCAAAGGAGGCAAGGGCAAGAAAGGCAAGCGAUCGUGGGAUGAUGCCAGUUAUGCCAAGCGGGCAAGAUAUUCGUACUAG